AGCAUCCAUAGAUGAAACUCAACAAGCCCAACAACAACAACAAGAAUUCUAUCGAUGUUUUUGGGGAAAAGAAAGAAGAUUCCAAACAUGUCUUCAUCAUGUGUAGCCACUAUUAGAAAUGAUGGGGAGUAUUGUCAAGAAGAAAUUCAAACUCUUGACUAUGUUGUUCAAGAUGUGGAAGACUAUGAGUCACAAACUAGACCUGUUGUUCGACAAGAAGAUGAAGUGGAUGAUGAAAAUGUGAAGGUGGUAUCAAACCCGUCCGUAGAAGCUUCUCAGUCCAAGUCUCUCAUUCCUGGUAUGUCACAAUCAUCAUUUGUUGAGAAUGUUCCUGAUUUAGAGUCUGAAGCAAUUGAGUCUGAACCAAUUAGGAAACAGUUACCACCACGUAGUACUAGAGGGAUUCCCAAACCAACAUACGAACCACAACUAUCUAGUAAGGUCAAAUACCCCAUGAGUCAUUAUGUGUCUAAUCAUUGUCUGUCAAAAUCGAAUAUGACAUUUGUGAAUCAAUUAUUUACUGUAUCUAUUCCUAAUAGUGUGCAGGAAGCCUUAUCUGAUCCAAAAUGGAAAGCUGCUAUGAACGAGGAAAUGAAAUCGUUACAAAAGAAUGAGACUUGGGAACUUGUUGAUCGUCCACCAUGAAAGAAGACGGUUGGAUGUCGAUGGGUUUACACUGUGAAGUAUAAAGCUGAUUGUACAAUUGAGAGAUUCAAAGCCAAACUAGUAGCAAAGGGGUACACUCAAACCGAGGGGAUAGACUAUAAAGAGACAUUUGCACCCAUAGCUAAAAUCAACACGGUACGUGUUUUAUUAUCUUUAGCUGCAAACCUUGAUUGGCCAUUACAACAAUUUGAUGUGAAGAAUGCUUUCCUACAUGGAGAAUUGUCAGAAGAGAUAUAUAUGAAUCCUCCGCUAGGGUGUAUUUUACUAGAAAAACACAGCCAAAAGGUAUAUAAGUUAAAGAAAUCUCUAUAUGGGUUGAAGCAAUCUUCGAGGGCAUGGUUUGGGACGUUUACAAAAGCUAUGAAGUCUUUUGGCUACCAUCAAAGUAAUUCAGAUCACACAUUGUUUAAAAGAGAGUAGAGAAAUUGAGUUUGAGCUACUCUAAGAAUAGAGAGAAAGAGAAAUUGAGCACUGGAGAACAAAAAGAAACUAGUGCUAGAUAAGAGAAUAGAGUAGAUUGUGUGAUAGGGAAACCGUGAGUAAUGGGUAGAGUAUUCCCGCAUGU